AUGCAGCCUUUUAGGGUAACAGUGGUCUUCAGCAUAAGAGGACAGGUGGAAUUUGCACAAACAACAGUUCAGUGGGUGUACAAGCGCCAGCCUUUUACAGCACUUAAACUUAUUGAGGAUUGUUCUGCACAACAUACUGAAUUUUACGCAGUGGGCAAGAUAAAUAACCGUGUGAUUCAUUUGGUUAACGGUUUUCAGUACGGUGAUAACGGUAUUCCGAGUGAUGAUAUCGCAAUGGUUCUUUUACCUGAUGAAGUUCCAUUCACUUGUGAACACAACAAUCGUAAGCUACUCUCUAAAGGAGAUUCGGGAAGCCCGUUGAUGUGCGAAAAGAACGGUGCGAGAUACGUGUUGGGUGUAGCAGCGUUUACAUCGAAGCGCAAAUCAGAUGCAAGACCGCUUUGUGCCGAUGAGAUAGGAGCUGACAAGUACGGAUUUUUCGAUGACAUCAGACAGCAUUUGAAAUGGAUUCGCAACGAACUAGUCAAUUAUGAACUGUUCGAUGGCCUCAAAGCCAAUUACCAAAGAUGUGCUAUUCAAUAG